AUGCGCCCGUGCGCCCGUGCCGUUCUCGAGGCCGAAAGAACGCGAGAUCGCGGCACCGCGCCCGCGCGGCGUCGAUAACAGACUACCAGUACGAGCUGCGCGCGGUCGCCAGGCUCUCUCCACUAGCCAAACAAAGCUCCGAGCGGCCAGCGGGGCAUGAUCCUGGUGCGGCGCCUGGCGGGGGCCACCCGCCCGCGGGGCCUCGCUGGUCGAGGCCUCGCGUCGCGGACCUCGGGGGCGCCGCGGGAGGCGGCGGACGCCGUGGUGGUGGGCGCGGGCGUCGUCGGCCUCGCGGCGGCGCGGGCGCUGGCGAUGGCCGGGCGCGAGGUGGUCGUGGUCGAGGCGGCCCCCAGCUUCGGCACCGGCGCCAGUUCCCGUAACAGCGAGGUCAUCCACGCCGGCAUCUACUACCCUCCGCGAAGCCUCAAGGCUACCCUUUGUGUAAGGGGAAAGGAAAUGCUCUACAAGUACUGCAAAGAACGAGGUGUUGCCCACAAACGAAUCAGCAAACUCAUCGUUGCCACUGGUGCUGCAGAGGUUCCAAAGCUGGACAUGCUCCUCAGGAAUGCCAAAGAAAAUGGGGUGGAUGAUCUUCAGUUGAUGGAGGGUUCUGAAGCUAUGGAGAUGGAACCUGAGCUUCGAUGCCUUAAAGCUUUACUAUCACCUAGUACUGGGAUAAUUGACUCUCAUUCACUCAUGCUCUCCCUUUUGGCUGAUGCUGAAAACUUGGGAACAACUGUAUCAUAUAACACAGCAGUUAUCAGUGCACAUGUUGGAUCCGAAGGCCUUGAACUCCAUGUUUGCGAAAGCAAAGAGCUGCAGAACUGUCAUGUAGAGUCUCAUGUGAACUCACAGAUUGUUUUGCUUCCGAAGCUUGUGAUAAACUCAGCAGGUCUGAGUGCAGUUCCACUUGCCAAACAAUUUUGUGGCCUUGACCAGGCAUUUGUGCCCACUCCUCACUAUGCGCGUGGAUGUUACUUCACCCUCUCUCAAACCAAGAGUCCUUUCAGGCGCUUAAUAUAUCCUCUGCCAGAGGAUGGUGGCAUAGGGGUCCAUGUCACUAUAGAUAUGAACGGCCUUGUCAGAUUUGGUCCAGACGUUGAAUGGAUAUCUGAUGGUGGAAAGGACCAUGUGUCAUGUUUUCUGAAUAAGUUUGAUUACUCAGUAAAUCCCAACCGCUGUUCUGUAUUUUACCCUGUGGUAAGGAAGUAUUUUCCAAAUCUCAAGGAUGGGUCUUUGGAACCUGGUUAUUCUGGGAUCCGACCAAAGCUUUCUGGUCCUGGACAACCCCCUUCAGAUUUUGUUAUUCAGGGAUGGGAUGUCCAUGGUAUUCCUGGACUGGUUAAUUUGUUUGGAAUAGAAUCCCCUGGUUUGACAUCAAGCUUGGCAAUUGCUGAACACAUUGUUUCAAAAUAUUUGUGAUGGGAGUCUCCUAAACAAAUCUUCAUUGUUCGAUGCUCCAUGCAUUGCAGAAUGAUGAAACUGACGUGUCAGGACUAGGGUUCGCCAAAGAAAAUAAUUCUGUAAAGAACAUUUUCAGCCGUUUUCUUUUUUUCCUUGAUCUUUUCAGAUGCUUAUUGCAUGUAAUUGUUAGAAGAUGAAAUUCACUGAAAGUUUCAGCGAAACAUGAAUAUGAUGGGGAUUCAACGGGUUUGACACUUCCAAGGACGGAACUUGGUGUGUAGUCUGAAGAGAUCACGUGUUCUUUUGGGGUACUAUCAAUGUUCAGUCCGCAAAAAAAAGUUUUUUGGUACUGUAGCACAUUUGUAACUCUAGUAAUUAGUGUCCAAUCAUGAACUAAUUAGCCUUAAAAGAUUCAUUUCGCAAAAUAUAUGCAAAAAAGUUUGUGAA